AUGAGAGACCGCAGCGCUGUUCAGCGUACAGGAACAACCGCGCCAGCAUACGCUGUUGACCUGACGCUGGACUCAGACAGCGACGCCGAAGUCGUGCCCCUGGGCAGCAGCAAUCGGCACAACAAACGCAAACGCUCCCCAACCCCAGAUGAAGCCGGAUCUGAGAGCGAUGGCAGUGCCCCAGAGCUAGGCGACGAGGAGUACGAGAUUGACUAUAUUGUCGACUCGCGCUUUCGCGCCUACCGUGGCAAGGCCACUCUGGAAUAUCUGAUCCAUUGGAAAGGUUAUGGUGUAAAGGACCGUACCUGGACACUCGCAGACCAGCUCGACGAUGACGACCCACCUGUGCUCGACUUCUAUAGACGAUGUCCUGGAAAGCCUCGUAAGACCCAGCGCACGCUUCUGGAUGUCCUCGGGAAACGCCCUCCCAAUGCCAAGAAGGCUGAAGUGAAACCCCGUCCUCCCAAGCGCACCGCACAGCCCACGCCUAAGCGCGCCAACAAUGACAACCGCUUAGAACGCGACGACCGCUCAGACAAGGAGAACUACCGCACUUCGUCGAAAUCACUGCGCGUGGAGUCGGACGACGAUUUUGUCAUGUCGGAGGGGGUCAGUGAAGACGCCGCCAGCCUCCACUCGGACCCCGAGGAGCCUGAAUCGAGUGUGGCCUCUGCAGAUGAGGUCGAUGACGGUGAGUCUUUUUGUGUGGUUGCAUUUCUCACGCCAGAACCCAAGCAGCCUGCCAAGAAGAUGAAUGGAGGCUGGGGCAACCGUAUCAAGGGAGUCAAGAAGGCUGCCGUCAACCUUGCCAAUGGAAGUGGACACUUCAAGACUGGUGUUCUCCCUCUCGAAAUCAAAGCCGAUGGAAAGGGCUUGGCCAAGAAUAUGAGUGAAGACCUACCGCCCAUCAGUGACAUUGAGGCCAUGUUCGCGCACCUGUCGUCAAGGCUCCCGGCCAUUGCCAAAGUAGCCGAAAGGCUCAACGGUCGCAAGCUGCGUGUGGCGACGAUGUGCUCCGGCACCGAGUCCCCUUUGCUAGCCCUUGGGAUGAUCGCUAGGGCGGUCAAGGAGCAAUACGACGUUUCCCUCCUCUUCGAACACGUAUUCUCGUGUGAAAUCGAGCCCUUCAAGCAGGCCUACAUUGAGCGCAACUUUGCCCCGCCCAUUCUGUUCCGUGACGUGACGGAACUUGGUCGCAGCAAAGCUCACACGGCCUACGGUUCUUUGGUCAAGGUCCCAGGCAACGUUGACAUGUUGAUUGCCGGAACAUCUUGCGUCGACUAUUCUGGUCUCAAUAACGAGAAGCAGGACAUCGAUGCCAACGGCGAGUCGGGUCGCACUUUCCGCGGUAUGCUUCAGUGGGUCAACAAGCACCGACCACCCAUUGUCAUCCUGGAAAAUGUUUGCAGCGCCCCAUGGGAUAAGGUGGUCGAGUAUUUUGCCGAAAUCGACUACGACGCGCAAUACCAGAGACUUGACACCAAGGAGUACUACAUUCCCCACACCCGCACCCGUGUCUACCUGUUCGCCACUCCAAUGGACAAGGACACUUCGCACCUACCCGAAAAGUGGGCUACAACGGUUCGAGACCUUCGACGCCCUUGGUCGUCUCCCUUUGAAGCCUUCCUCCUUCCCGCAGACGACACCAACAUUCAUCGUGCCAGGCUCGAUCUUGCUGCCGCCAAAUUCUACAGGGACGGAACCCAGCGCAAGGCCACCGACUGGGGUCGAUGCGAGUCUCGUCACGCUCGCGCUCGCCAAGAAGAAGCACUCGGUAUCCUUCGUCCUCUAACAUCCUGGCAGGAAGCGGGCGUUUGCAAGGGCCUAGACUGGACGUGGAACGACUGGCUGCUGUCCCAGACAGAGCGCGUUCUCGAUCUACUCGAGAUUUCAACUCUGCGCAUGGCUAAAGACGGCAUUGACGCGGGUUACAAGGCAUGCAUCUGGAACGUCAGCCAAAACGUUGAUCGACAAACUGGUUCCUCCAAGACUGCACUUGCUCCCUGCCUCACUCCCAACAUGAUUCCUUGGGUCACAAACCGUGGUGGUCCAGUCACUGGCCGCGAGGCUCUGGCUUUACAGGGUAUCCCUGUCCGCGAACUUCUGCUCACCAGCGAGAGCGAGGAUCAGCUCGCCGACUUGGCCGGCAACGCCAUGACAUCUACGGUCGUGGGUGCUACCAUGCUCGCCGCUCUUCACCUGGCUGUGAGCAAGCUUCCAAGUGGCGCCUCCGACAACUCGGAGCCAGAUGAGAUGGACGCCGCCGCCGCGAACAUUGUUUGCGAACACGACUUGCAUGAGCAGGCUCUCGAUCUCGCCAAGGUCGACAGCGCCGACCUCGUUCAGAUUCUGCAUGCUGCGCAGCGUAGCUCGCGCCACUGCGAGUGCGAGGGUCAAUCAGGAACGGCUUCAUCGGCUGUCGACGAGUGUACUGCAUGCGGUUACCGGUCGUGCAAGGCGUGCGGUGGUCGCCCGGAGCACGUUUAUGCGACCUGCAAUACCAAGCGGAUGGAGCCCGCCGAGUUUGAGAGGACCUUCAAGGACCUUUUGCCUAUGCGCGUCACUAUUGCCGGUUUGACCCAACAGUCUCUUUCUGCUGCGCGGGAGGCCGCCAAAGGCAGUGGCAAGGGCUCCGUCAAGUCAUCCGACUGGGAUUUAUGGAGCAAUGCUGUUCUGGACGCCGUCGACAACGUCGAGUUCCGCUUUAGGUUCCUCAAACGUCAACAGACUUGGACUGCAGUGUACGAAGCUCCCUUUGCCACUCUCGACCUGUGUUUCAAGAGCCCUACACCAGAAUGGCGAUUGACCGUCAAAGCACCAACAUCUGAGCCUGUCAAGAGCCGGCUGCGCGAACUGGUACUCCACCCGGUUGCGCGCAUGCGCCUCAACGUCCAGGGCAACAACGUCCUCAGCGGCAAAUGGGAAGUUUGCAUCCCCUCAGCCCAGACCUUUGACAUUGAGAUUGCUGGUUGUGGCGAACUCGUACCAACUUGGCAAGCCGCCCUCGGACUGCAGGGGACUCUCGAGGGCAAGACUAGGUGGUCCCAGAUCCGAGUCACCGUCCCGUCUGCAGCCGAUCGCGCUUUGGACCGCGAGUUGUCCGGCGUCUACAGCCUUCUUCCUCUAUGCGGACAAGCUCAAAGCUCUCUCCACAUUCAAGAGUCGAAAGACACAACCCAGCCCCCCCUGUUUCUCUUCCUUGAUCCUACGAGGUGUGGCGAUGCUUCAAAAGACCAUUUCGUUUUCUCAACUUCAACCGAGCGCCUAGACUACUACACCGAACGUGAUACGAUAGCCUCACUCAGCAACAAGUGGCGCGAGUCAAGCAAGCCCAAAGAGACUGUCACCCUCAACACUCGCGGCAGCUGGACAAUCUGCCGUACAGUGCGCCUAGCCGCCGUUAGCGGUCAAGCCCUUGCAGUUGGUGACUCACCUGCACACUGCGACGAAGCUACGUAUGCCAUCCCGACAUCACCAGAGGCCAUUUCGUUGGCCACACGGGACUGUACCCAGGCGCCUGCUAUCCUGUCUGUUCGCGUCCCCCUUGACGCUGCCCAUUCGGAAGACAUGUGGCAGAAAGGCAGCUGGGGAGAGGUCGAUCUUCAACACCAUGGCAACGGCACGUUUGCCAACUUGGCUUGGGUCACAGAGCGAUUGCCUCUUCUGGAUGGGUUCUCCUCUUGGAAUCGCUUAAAUGUGACUGAGACGGCUGGUGCGGCUUGCGACCACUGUGCCCCGCUGCCACCUACCAUUCACUGGAUCAAGCAGCCUGGCAAGUUGAACAAGAAUGGUGGCAAGACCAAGAGCACCAUCAUGCCAUUUGAGGACAGGCUGGAGGCUGGUCGCUACGAGCAUGCCUUGAAGAAUCGCCCCGCUCCCUUUGUCCUUCAGCUGCGACUUGAUGAUGACAUUGGCUCUUUCCGCAUUGGCCUCAACGCUACAUCACUUGCCCACCGUGCCCUGGCCAGGCUUCCGAAGAACGACUCAAAGGGCCGGGUGCAAAUGUCCUGGCGUCUCACUCCUGGGCAAGUUGUCGACGUACCGGAGCCACCCCGAGUGUUUGUUCUGCCCAGCAAUAAGCGCGAUCCGGAAGCUGCCACGCCGAAAGAUUUCCUCCUGCCCCUCCGUCGAGAGCAACGACGUUCCCUGUCGUGGAUGCUUUCGCAGGAGCGCGCAGAGGGCAAGUCUCACACUUUUGUUGAGGAGGAGAUUUCUGAAGCACUUCUGCCAUCGCUUGGUUGGAGAGCCGAAGGCAAGGCUGAGCGGCCGGUCAUGGUCCGUGGUGGUGUCAUCGCCGACCAGGUUGGUUACGGCAAGACUAUCAUUUCGUUGGCCCUCAUUGCCGAGACUAAGGGCCAAACCGCACCAGAGUCCGCACCGCCUGGCCUCAUCGAUCUGAAAGCGACGCUACUGGUGGUACCUGGCCAUCUGAGCAAGCAGUGGCCCAGCGAGAUUGAACGUUUCACCGGCAACCUGUUCAACACCAUUGUUAUCCAAAACAUGAAGGACCUCCAGAAGAGAAGCAUUGCCGACCUGACCAAAGCGGAUAUCAUCGUUGUGGCAUCGGAAGUUUUCGACUCGGAGUCUUACUGGGAACGGUUCGAGUACUUGUCGGCCCAACCCGAAGACUGGCUCAACGACAAGCAGGGCGGUCGCUUCUUUGCUGAUCGACUCGACACAGCUAUGACGACUCUCCGUUCCCAGACUGAGAGCCUACAAACAGAAGGCGGAGCUGCAGCUCAGCAGGUGAUGGACACACACCACAAACGUGCCAUCAGAGAUGCUGAGAGCAAAACACAAGAGCUCAACGCUGCCAACUUCGGCAAGCGCCUCAAGGGCGCGGCGUAUCGUGACAAGUACGACGAUAGCCAACCUCCGUCAAAGAAGCUGAAGGCGGGAGGCAGUCGGUGGGCCGCCGACGACGAGGAAGACGACCCUCAAGUUGCUGUUCCGAAACUGGCGUUCCGUCGCGCGGCUGGUACCGAUUCUUUAACUAGCCCCGCUGUGGGCAAGAACUACAAGUUGCUCGGUACCCCUGUGUUGCACAUGUUCAGGUUCCGUCGUGUCAUCGCCGACGAGUUCACCUACCUGUCUCAGCGUCCACUUGCCUCUCUACUCCGCCUCUCGUCGUGUUACAAGUGGGUGUUGUCGGGCACCCCUCCCGUGGAAGACUUUCCCGCUAUCCGGAGCAUUGCGACGUUCAUGGGCAUUCACCUCGGUGUCGAGGAUGACACUGAGGGCAGUACUGCCUCUCAAAAGGCUCGCGCCAAGGAGCAGACAGCCGCUGAGCGCUUCCACGCAUUCCGUGAGAUUCAUUCAGCCGCGUGGCAUCGUCGCCGCCACGACCUUGCGCAAGAGUUUCUCGACGGGUUUGUCCGCCAGAAUAUUGCCGAGAUUGAGGACAUCCCGACUGUCGAGCACAUCCACGAGAUCAAGCUUCCAGCGUCUGAAGGCGCAGUCUACCUCGAGUUGGAACAUCACCUCCAAGCACUGGAGAUGCAAGCUCGCAAGGAGACCAAGUUCAAGAAUGUUACUCAAGGUGACCGUAACGCACGACUCGAGGAGGCUUUGACAGACUCGAAAACCGCGGAAGAGGCUCUUCUUAAACGAUGCUGCCACUUUACUCUCGACUUGACGGACAAGAAGCGUGAUGCCGCAUCAGCGCUGGAAGCGUGUCAACACAUUGCCAGUGCACGCAGGAGCCAACUGGAGGGCUGUGAAGACGAUCUUCGUCGUACCAUCAACAACGCUGUGGGACUUAACGCUCUCGUUAGGAAGAAGGGCGGCUUCAAGGCCAAGGACGAGCGACAGCACUUCCGCGAAUGGGUCGAUUUCUGCUUCGAUACUAGCCAGCACCACGGAGACGCGGAAGCUGCGAAGCGCCUGGUCAACGUGCUGGUCAAGUGCAACUUCCGCUCGGGAGCAAUUCCCGACGCGCCUGCCGACGGGAAACUGCCAAAGACCGAUGCCAAGAGCGGUGCUGAAGACCUCAAGUGGGAACUGCGUGAACAAGCUCACCUUCUUCGUCGUCUGUCGAAGGAGCUCGUGGCCCGUGUCCGAUCCCUUCGCUUCUUCGAGGUCGUUCGUAAGCUGCAGCACAGCGGUGACGAGCGGGUCAGCGUGUUGGAAGGAUCCGAGUGCGGCCACCGUCCAUCCACCAACCGCGGUAUUGAAAUGGCAGUUCUCAGCUGCUGUGGCCAUGUUUCGUGCCACCAAUGCAUGGUCGAAGCGGUCAAUAAUCAGCGCUGCGUAAAUGGAGACGACUGCCACGCGCCCGUCCGCCACACCAACAUUGUCAAGGUUUCAACGCUCGGCAUUGAGGGUGAACUGGAGUCUGGCAGAUUUGGUGCCAAGCUCCAGCGUUUGGUCGACCUCAUCGACUCGAUUCCACGCCGCGAACGCAUUCUGGUGUUUGUUCAGUGGGCCAACCUCUUUGGCAAAGUGUCCGAGGCCAUGAAAGACGCAGGCAUCAACCAUGCCACACUCACCGGCAGUGUAGCAAAACGCGCCAACACACUCGACAAGUUCCAAUCCACCGACGCCGACGGUACCAGGGUCCUCUUGCUGAACACUGUGGAUGCCUCGGCUUCUGGAUCAAACCUUACCAUGGCCAACCAUGCCAUCUUCCUCGGUCCUUUGUUCACUCCGACGCUCCUCAACUACCGAGCUACCGAAACUCAGGCCAUCGGUCGAGUUCGUCGCUUUGGACAAACCCGAACUGUCCACAUACACAGGCUUCUCGCCCUCGACACCAUUGACUUCACUAUUUAUAACUCUCGUGUGCAGGAGUUGCGUGCCAAGCCCGACCAUGUGGAGAUUCCCAGGGGUGACUAUGUGCCCAAGACGAAGCCCAAGAAGUAG